AUGGACCGUCUCCGGCCUAUACCAUCGGUACACACUACACCAGUGAAGCCAAGGGCCGAGUGCACGUUUAUCGAAGACCUCAAUGCAAAGUAUAGAUUAGGCAUUGAGUUCCCUCCUCUGCGCCUAUCUCCUAGAAAACGCAGAGAAGCCCAGACAACCGAGGCAGCACGGCGGGCAGAUGACAUACGCGGACUGACCCAUUGCCUCCAUUACCGCAGCCCCGAAAUUCUGUUGGCCGUUGAACAGCAAUUCCGGAACGAGGCACAAUCCAUCUGCUCCCAGUGGGUCCCGAAGCCCCAGGCCGUGCCGGGACUCAUUCCGGUCACCGACGCCGUGCCUCAGGCCACAACUGCUGAGCAGCAGCAAGAACUGCAGCAAUGUCUCUUGGGCCUCCUUCAACGAGCGGAGCGUGACAGUCCUCGUCGCAAACUCUUCGUCCCUACCUCUGACGCAACCACGUCUUUCAAGGGACCAGCGGAAAAGAGUUCCACUCGGCCCACAAGGCGAACCUUUCGGAAACGGUUGUCAGAUGAGUUGGAACCCCACGGAGAUAACCCCUUCGCACAAGACGGUCCCUCGGAUAGCAAGCGUGCAAGGUCUGCCCUCGAUCAAGUCCCCGUCCGUGAGAGAGAACCCGUCUCCAGACCCAGCCGAACCUUUGGUCGGCUCGGGUCGAGAGGGGACCUAUUCUACCGCAAUAAUGAAAACGACAGCUUCACAUCCGUCGCUACAGCAGUAUUUUCAACCACUGGUCGCGUUGGUGACGAUACGUUGCUGUCCGAUUCUCAGCUGACCCAACCAUUCGAUGAUGAUGAGAAUCCCGACCUCAAGCCCGGCCUCAUCUCCGCUAACACCGCGUUCUACAUCCCCGUCGACCCACCUUCCCCUUCCCCAGUUGAACAAACCGAUGUCCUAGCCUCGGAUGGAGCUCACAACGGUCCUAACUCUGUCUUAGAGCUAGGGACAUCGACGGUGCAGGGAUCGCACCAGGCUGCAAGCGUAGGUCCCCUGGCUCAUAUGCAAGCAGAAACCGCUGUUACCUGGGAAACAGCCCGAGAUGCAGCGCCUGGGCUGCUCGAGACAGGCCCAUUAGCCCGGCAGCAGCAGAGCAUCCCUGAGUUGCCAGUUCGACGCUCACAUCUUGCCGACCCGCCGCAACUUGACCUCCCUUCUUCGGAGAUGCCAUUCAGAGAUGUGCUGAGACGCAGUCAGGAUGAGCUGUCCAUCAUUUCGUCAUUUACAAGCUCUUAUCAUGUAGAUUUUGAGCCAGGAAACCCCGUGGUUGGCCAGAAUUCGAGCCUUGACGCUCGAUUGAGAGACUCAUGGCAUUUCAGCAUCAUCAUUAACAUUGCCCAAGCCAAACUCCCCGAGUCCCUAAUCAAUGCCCCACUUCCUAUUAUCUGGGAAGUUACUAGGGCUGCCCUUCACUGCGGUGUAGAGUUGGCAGACCUUGAGAUAAACUACAAUGACGGGUGGCGCGACCAAAUGAUAUUCAACCAGGAGUUACGAAAUCAUCCGGCAUUCAUAGCCGCGUCCAAACCCCUCCCUGGCAUGUGCGAUCCUAGAGCUUGGAAGGCGGCGUUCUCUACUUUCCGGCAUAACGGACGAACGGUUACUUUAGUGAUGGAGGCCAAAGCUAACCCUGACAACAAGGGACCUCUCUUUCUCUUCUCCUUGGAGCCUCUCAAGUUCGACCUCGGCCAUCGGCUCUGCAGACGAUUUGGUGCCGAUAGGUUCCUAGAAGUUAUCUUCCCCGCUCCGUCAACAGUCUCCAAGGAUGCAGAGACGGUGGAUCGAGUAAAUCGCUGGCUUUUGCAAGUUCCGCAUGUCGUGCUCAGCCGGGUUUGGCGCGCGUUUUUCCUAAAGGACGCGAAAAAGCAGAUAAAGGAGGACCAGUUCAACUGGGUGCGGAAGACGUAUGUACAACAGUACAGGGUGUAUUUCUUCUGUGAAGAUGGCGCCAAUUUUGUGCACAGAAAACGGCAUGUCCAUUUUCCUCCAAAAGAGCAGGCUUAUAAUGUGGAAACCCGGACGAAGAUGGGCCUAUCCCGUUUGCUGGAAUGGGCCAUUGGCCUCUCUCGUAGCAAAUCGCAGAAAUCCCUCAAGCUUUUCUCUCGGCUCGCGCUAAGUCUGACCCCAACGACUGCAACAGUAGUCCUCCAGAAAGAAGAAAUUAUUUGCCAUGAGGAGGAUAUACUAUCUCCUACGGGCAAUAUCAUGAAUGAUGGUAUUGGUCGGAUGUCUGGUACUUUAGCCCAAAAGAUACGCGAUAAACUCGGCCUGGAUGCGACGCCAAGUGGAUUCCAGGGACGCAUGGGAAGCGCAAAAGGAUUUUGGAUUGUCGACGUCGACACUUACGAUGAGAAGGAUGGCGAGGUCUGGAUCGAGACGUACCCAUCCCAACGCAAGUGGGAAUGUGACUUUGAAGAUGAGGAUCAUCGCACGUUUGAAGUGAAGAGCUAUUCACGAGAACUGAGGUCGGCUGCUUUGAAUAAGCAAUUCAUUACCGUCCUCGAGGACCGAGCCAUAAACCGUAAUCGCAUGAGAGAAACGCUUGCCGAACUCCUGCGUCGCGCCGUGAGCGAAGAGCUCGGGGCUCAGAUGCUCGCGGCCAAUGAUCCCAUGGCCCUACAACGAUGGGCCAGUCUCAGUCCCUCUGCCCGAGCAGACAGGAUUCUCCAUGGCGAGGUUGAGUUCCUAGCCGGACUGCCGAAUGCCGACGAAGAAAUUAUAAAGUUCCUCCUAGACGGCGGAUUCCGCGUAUCGGAGCUGAAGUUUUUGCGCGAGUUGGUCUAUAAGGUUGCGAAACGCAGACAGGAGAAGCUACAAGAAAAACUCAAGGUCCAAGUACCACGGUCGACCUACGCAUACAUGGUAGUUGAUUUCUCUGGACUGCUGCAGGAGAACGAGGUGCAUAUUGGAUUCUCUUCGAGGUUCCAAAGCGAUGGCGAGUCGAAGACAUUGUUGCAUGGUAUUCCGAUUCUCGUGGCAAGAGCUCCGGCACACUUUCCGAGCGACAUUCAGAAGGUGAAGGCAGUCUACAAGCCCGAGCUUAGUCACCUGACAGAUGUGAUUGUCUUCUCGUCGCAGGGCAACGUGCCGUUGGCAGACCUGCUUUCCGGUGGCGAUUACGACGGAGACCAGGCCUGGGUAUGCUGGGAUCCUGACAUUGUCAACAAUUUCCGGAAUGCACCUGUGCCCACGCAGCCUGAUCUCAUCGAGGACGGAUAUCUCCAUGUCGACCAUGACACUUUUGACCAGACGCUCACAAGAUACGAGAACAGGUUAGAAGUCGCAUUAUCGCACUUCCUCCACCAGAGUUUCGUUUUCAGCAUGCAGGGAGACCUGUUGGGACAGUGCACAAACUACAAGGAGAAGCUCUGCUACAGGACGAACAAAAUCAGUGACGAAUCCGCCGUGCUUCUGAGCACACUCGUCUCAAAACUAGUGGACAGAGCAAAACAAGGCAUCACCUUCACCCAAAAGGAUUGGCAGGGACUCAUCAAGGCCAAAGGCCUUCCCAACAUCUGGGCGCUCGAGGAACCCGCCUACAUGAAAUCCGAUUGCUCGGGACACGAUAAACACAUCUUGGACUGGUUAAAAUUCAAAGUGAUCAAGCCUAAGAUCGCGGAGGAGCUUACGGAACUUGAGUCAUCUCUCGGGGACGCUCACCACUGGGACAAGGAUCUAGCUUUCUACUACGACGAGCUGGAGGUCCUGAAAGCUAAAUCCAGGACCUAUGAUGGUCUACUUACCAAGCUGUCCAAGGACCUCCACGGCAUCCACUCUAAGUGGAAAGAGAUUCAGGGAAAUCACCAAAUCGGCUACCACGAGAAGGUGAAUAAGGUGUACCAGGCCUACCUUGACGUGAAGCCGCACCAGUCGGCACUUAAGACGCAUGCCAAAACCUACCUCUACGGGACCGACGAGAACGCCCCCGACGGCGUCAGCAGGUGGGGACUAAUCAAGGCUUCCUGUCUGUUCAAGCUGUUCUACCAGAAAGGUGCCAAGUUCGCCUUCACGAUGGCGGGCGCGCAGCUGCAGAGGAUCAAGGCCGAGAGGUGCGCUGCCAGGAAUCCAGGCACGGCUUCUUCGAGACCUUCGGCUUCGGUGGUGGCGGAAAUGUAUGCUUGCCACAGGCCUGACAACAAGAUCAUCGACGCGUUGAUGGCCCGGAAGGGCAUGGGCGGAUAUUGCGAGAGUUUGGCCGACAUUCAUGAGGAGCACUUCUUCGAUGCUGAAGGGAACGAAAUCGACGACGCAUAG